GACUUGUCAGACCUGGGACGAUGCAAGCUGUGGAUCUCGGUGUCAGUGUCCUUUCUAGAGUGCGACCAUCAUCAUGGGCCUCCCGUCGGCUCUGCUGCUCUUCCUACUCCUGGCAUUCAGAGCAGGGCUCCUCGCCCUCCAGCCAGCUUCUAGACCUCAACGACCCUCUGCCUCCUCCUCAGACUCAGGGGGUUCUUCUCAGGGCUUUGUUUCAAAAGUCUCCAACCAGGCCCCCAGCCAGAACUUUCCAGAUCAGCCUCCAGGGUCAGAAGCCUCUGCUGAAAUCCCUGAUUCCAACUGGUUUCCUCGGGGGCUGAAUUCAAGCCAUGUUCCUGGGUCAUUAUGGACCAAUGUGUCUUCUGGGGGACAAUAUCUGAGCCCUGAUGUCACCUUCUCUAAAAUCCCUGCUUCCCAAGUGGCUUUUGAUGGUUUCAAUUCUCAAGAUCCUGGUAAAGACCCCAGGCUUUCCUUCUCUGUUCCAGUCCCAGGCACCAAAGUACCUAGCAAGGCCCCAGGUUCAAAGCCACCCCUGGAGCAUCACAAUCUUGAACUUUCUGCCCAGAACCCUAAAUCCAAAGUUUAUUUGGAGGCUCACCAGGCUGCAAGUUUCCCCCAGCAGGUGGGGGGACCCCUUGCUGUGCUAGUGGGGAACACCAUCAAGCUCCCUCUGACUCCAUUCCCCAGCCCCAGGCCUCCUGCCCCUCUGGUGGUCUGGCGCCGGGGCUCCAAGGUACUGGCGGCUGGGGGCCUGGGGUCACAAGCUCCACUGAUCAGUCUGGACCCCAUGCAUCAAGCCCGCUUGAGAUUUGACCAGAUUCGAGGUGGUCUGGAACUCACCUCUGCACGGCUGGAUGAUGCAGGCGUGUAUACAGUUGAGGUCAUCAGAGGAGGAGUCUCCCAACAGAUUCGGGAAUUCACGGUGGGUGUAUAUGAGCCCUUACCCCAGUUGUCGGUACAGCCCAGGGCUCCAGAGACAGAGGAGGGGGCAGCCGAGCUGAGUCUGCGCUGCGUAGGGUGGAAUCCAGGUAGUGGGGAGCUAAGUUGGAGCAGAGACGGACGUGCCCUGGAGACCCCAGACCCUGAAGGCGCAGAGCCACCUCGCAUCCGCGCCGAACGGGACCAGCUGCUCAUCUCACGUCCGGUACGCAGCGACCACGCCCGGUACACCUGCCGUGUCCGCAGCCCCUUUGGCCACACCGAGGCUGCAGCCGACGUCAGUGUCUUCUACGGCCCGGAUGCCCCGGUCAUCAAGGUCUUCUCGGACCGCGAUGCAGUCCCUGAGCUCUACGUUACUGCGGGCAGCAAUGUCACCUUGCACUGCUCGGCCCCCUCGCGGCCGUCUGCGGACAUUGCAUGGAGUCUGGCAGACCCCACAGAGGCCGCAGUGCCUGCAGGGCCUCGCCUCCUGCUGCCGUCGGUGGGGCCAGGCCAUGCCGGCGCUUACGCCUGCAUCGCUGCGAACCCCCGCACCGGCCGCCGCAGGCGUUCGGUGCUCAACCUCACUGUGGCGGAUCUGCCCCCCGGGGCCCCGCAAUGCUCAGUGGAAGGGGGUCCCGCGGACCGGAGUCUCCGCUUUCACUGCUCCUGGCCCGGUGGGGUCCCUGCCGCCUCUCUGCAGUUCCAGGGUCUCCCCGAAGGCGUCCGUGCAGGGCCGGUGCCUUCUGCACUCGUGGUGGCUGUCCCCGCCCGCCCGGAGCUCAGCGGCGUCGCAGUCACCUGUUUGGCCCGCCACCUGGUGGCGACACGCACCUGCACGAUCAUCCCGGAAGCCCCCCAGGAAGUGCUGCUCCAGCCAGUAGUGGAAGAGACAGAACCAGGGGAUGUGGUGGUAGCACUGGAGGUCACUGGCUGUCCCCCACCCUCAAGAGCAUCCUGGGCCCGGGAAGGCCGGCCCUUGGCUUCAGGAGGUGGGGGUCGACUGCGGCUUAGUCAGGAUGGCCGGAGGCUCCUCAUCAGCAACUUCAACCUGGAUUGGGACCUGGGGAACUACUCUGUGCUAUGCAGCAGCGCAUUGGGCGCUGGAGGCAACCAGAUCACCCUUGCUGGGCCCUCCAUUUCCUCAUGGAGGCUGCAGAGAGCCCAAGAAGCUGCAGUGCUCACCUGGGAUGUGGAACGAGGCACCCUGCUCACUGGCUUUCACAUCCAGGCAUGGACAGAUGGCUCUGACCUGGAUAGAGUCACCAUGAGUAGGGACUGGGUCUCCCUGCUCGUCCUGGGCCCUCAGGAACGGUCAGCCAUCGUGCCACUCCCUCCUCACAACCCUGGGACCUGGACCUUUCGCAUCUUGCCCAUCUUGGGGUCUCUGCCAGGGACCCCAUCUCAAAGCCGGGUCUACGAAGCAGAUUCUGCCCUGAGUCCCGGGGCCAUCGCUGGCAUCGUCCUCGGCUCUCUGUUGGGCUUGGCGCUGCUGGCUGGCCUUCUCCUCCUGUGUAUCUGCUGCCUGAGGCAUUUCCCAGGAAGGACUUCUGUGAAAAAACAGCACCCCCUGACCUUGCCUCCUGUGCUUACUCUGCCAGGAAAAAAGAUGCAGAAUUUGACCCCAGUGCAGACCCCACGGCCACUGCCCAUCAAAAGCCAGCUGCAGAGCCCUCGCCCAGUCAAGGCCCAACAAGUCAUCAGCCCCAGUCCAGAUUACUGUCCAGGUGGCAACCCAUGGACUGUUCGGGCAGCCACCCAGGUAUGACAAAAGCUGGUGGCCCACUCUCCAUGAAGUGUUUUGGGGUACAGUUUCUUGCUUUGUCCCAGCAGCAUGGGGCCUACUAUGACUGAGGAUUGGACUCUAAGGGUGGGACAUCCUGUCCCCCUCUUGUCUCAGAAGACUCAACCUGUACUUUUGCAUCUAAGAACAUCAAUGUGACUCUGGGGAUAGGAGAGCCACCUACAGAAGGGUGAAAGGCAGUUGGCAGAAACUCAGAACCUCUGACGUGUAGGGCCUGCUGUUUAGCUCCAAGCUGGAUGGGGAGCCUAGCCACAGCUUCUACAACCGUCUGCCACCUUCUCCUGCCUCCUCCAGGCCACAUGCCUUCAGCUUUCAGAGACUCCCAUCAUCCAACACAUGAGAUCUUGUACACAUCCCACUCCCCACUUCCUCCUCCAUUUCUUAAUUUCCUUUUUGCUUUGU